AUGCGUUAGAUGAAGUCAGAGUGGGAGUGGAGAGAGGGGGUGAGUGUAUGUGGUGCCAGAAAGAGAGGAGAGCUAGGCAAUGAGAGAGCUUGAGGGAGAUGAUAGAGUGGGAGUGACAGAGUGCGAGAUAAUGGAGGUGCAGUCUGAGUGUGCAGAUCCUCCUGUGGUCCCUCAGUGUGACCCCCAGCCAACGGGGAAGAUCAACAAAGCUGCCUUCAAACUCUUUGGAAAGCGACGUACUGGCUCCGGAGUGGCCAGCUUCUUCUCCUUCAGGAACAAAGGGGCCACAAGCAACAAUGGAAAUUCUGACAAUGGGAAUUCUUUGAAUGGAAACAGCUCAACAACAGAAGUGGAGCUUAUCAGGAGCAAAACCUAUGACGGACUUACAAACUCCAACAAUGAUACUGACGGACAGCGAGGGGAAGGGCUUGCCAGCCAGGAGGCAGGACCGGUGAGGUCUCUCAGCAAAUCGUUGAGUUUCUUCUCUCUCCUCCGACGCGGAAGUUUUAGGUCGGGUGAAAAUGGAGGAUCAGGACUUGUCAGAAGAGGGAGGGGCCUCAAGGGAUUUUUUAGCAGCAUGCGAUGGAGACGCAAAACAAAUGAUGGAGACGGGGAAGAGGUGGAAGCUAACAAAGAGCAAGAUGGGGAUAGUACCAGCUCUGAAAAGGCGAAGGAUAUCACUCUCACCCUUGAACCACCUCCACAUCAUCACCCGGAGGAUUGUGGGAAGACCGAGGCAGAACCUAACCUCCAAGCAACAGAGACUCCUAUUACUCGUGUUACCCUGACACCUUCACACUGUGUUGUCAUGACAGGACCAUCUGUUGAGCCAGACCCCCCCUUUCCUUACACACCCACUGACUCGCCACUGCACCCUACUAUUCAAAAAGCCAAAGCCUCAGUUUCCAGCCUCUCCCCUUCCCUCGCUACACCUCCAUUGGAUCGCUGCAGCGCGGGUGACCCACCCUCAGAACCGUCCGUGGACAGACUGUGUUCUCUCCUCUUCACUGACGUCACAUCCCUCAAAAGCUUCGAUUCACUGACGGGCUGUGGUGACAUUAUUGCCGAUGCAGACGACGAGGGAGCAGCAGGUAAUGGGGGCAGUGGCACGAGCAGCAGCAGCAGUGGAGGAGGAGGAGGAGGGGGUAGUGUGGGAGCAGGUGUUGGGAGAGUUGUUGGUAUCACCGGCGCCACAUCCUGUGUAUCCCCGUCCAAACCGCCUCUACCCUCCCAGCUGACCCAGCACAUGUUCUCUGUUUCCUCAAGCUCAGUGCCUGUCUCCCUCCCAGCCCGGGCUCGGGCGCCACCUCCGCCACAGCAGCACCCAGCUGGUAGUGGUGUGGUGGCUUAUAUGGGUGGAGGGGAAGAAAUGGCGAGUCCAGAGGGAGUAGACGAUGCAGACAUGCAGGGGCUGUGGCACAUGCUGCCCUCCACCGGGGACAACUCUCCCGCUUUGCCCCGAUCACACCAACCUCCCUCCACCACCCCCACAUCCACUUUCCCCCCUCAUACCAACCCCUCAAGCAGCCACUUCCCUCUAGCUUCCAGAAGUUCAGACCGAAAGGUCAAGGCACUGGGACUCAGUAAGAUUCCAAUAGUUGGCGCGGCGGGAAGUCGACCGGCUAAAUCUGCCCACCCUCACACACACGGUCGUCAUCCAACAUCACCCGGAGAUAAAGAGCUGCUCAGUGACGAGGGCUACUGUGACACACCCUCAGCGACACCCACGGCAACACCUGAUGAAAGCGGGCUGCAGCGUAACCAGAAGAUGGCUCUGUCACGUGACAGCUACUCUGGAGACCAACUGUAUGACCUUUACGAUGACCCUGAGGAGCAAGGGGAUAACGAAGAGCAGGAUGGAGAUGACGAUCUAAACAGCACCCCAUCUCCGUCUACUGAAUACAAACUAAGCCCCACAUCUCAGACAACUAUUCCUUCCUCCUCUUCCUCUUCCUCGUUCCAAUCACUGAAAGGCAGCACCAGCCUUCCUCGGGAAUCCAAGAUCCCGGUAAGCUGCAGACAAAUGUCACCUCCCUCCUCUGUGAGCCAGUCAGCCCUGUCAUCUGUUCUAGAGGCUGAAUCUCUUCCACCAAAGACUGAAGCGCCUCCCUCAGCUCGCACCAGAAUCCCUGUAUCCAAGGUGCCUGUCCGUCGUUCGGGAAACAAACCUGGCAACAGGGGAUCUGCCCACAAGAAGUAGUUGUUCUCUAUGGAUUCGAAUGUGCUGUUUAUGCAGAGCCAAAAUUUUUCCCAGACUGGGAAAUAUGUUGAGCCGUGGAGUUAACAGCCCAUAAAUUGUUCUCAAAACUUAAAAGCACCCGUUCCUUUAAUGUUUUCGCUUUCAGCAAAUAGAAAAAAGUGGUUUUGUGCACUUGAGAAAGUCGCAAGGAGACUCCAAAAAACUGGGUUAACUCUUCAUGACCCUCACAGGAAGUUUGGAGGUUGACUCUUGACAAUCUAUGGACACAUUUGCCUUUUACCUCCCUGGAAAAACCUCUAAACUACUGACACUUGGAUUCAAAAGCAGAAAAGAGAGGAGCUUUUUUUUUAUUAUUAAAUCCGUCAUAUUUUACUUGAUGAAUUCCACAUGACAUAAUUUAAUUUGUUCAUAAGGACCUAAUUUAAUCAAAAAAUAUUUUAGUUUCAUCAUAUUGUCUAAUCCGUAACAAAUUACCUCCUAAUCCUCUGAGUUUAGAGCCAAAGUUUAUGAAACAGUCUCCUUAUUUAACCUCCUCUGAUAGUCUGCAAAAGACUCAACAGUAAUCCACAGCCUGGGACAACCCUCGCCUUUGUUGCGUCAGUUUUGCUUCUCGAAAAAUGACCCUUUUCUUUUCUGUCUGCACAAUGAAUGAAAAUGUAUGUGCGUAUUAUGAACACGAACGGCCUUUUAUUGAGUUUCUGCUUUGCAGCUACAAUUCAAGACGAUAUCGUUUUGUUUUUUUGGUGGGAAGACCUUUUACUUUUCUUAUUUUGAACAUUAAAUGGAUUCAGCCUGUUACUUCUGGAUCUCACCUACACCCAAAUGCAUCUCUGGAAGUACACCCACCAGACGUCAAAUCUCUGGGAUUUACAACUGUUGACUAACCUGAAAAACUAUCGCAAUACCAUACCAGGUGGAGGGAACCCUUGCACUAAUGCUUCAAGACACAGACACACACAGACACACACAGACACACACAGACACACAAUUCAUUCUCUGCUCCCUCUCUGCAUGCAGUGCCUCACACACGAGGCACAAAGGUCAGGAACAUCAUCUCACACCGAAGGAUCUUAAAUACACACUGUUCCACCUUUGACAUUGACUUUGUAGCUCGACACUGGAUCACUCCCUUCUCUAAAGACCUGUGCACUAACAACUAACCUUUUUCUAGUCAGAACUGUCUCCUUCACUGGAUUUCAUACUGUUUUUUAUACACCCCCCCCCCCUUUUUUUCCUAAGUCAUACUUACACAGAUCUUUAACUGUGAUUGCACCAGCUUCCUAACACUUUGCUUUUUUUGUUGAUAAAGUUUUGAACCAAGGGAUGAACGCUCAGUGAGUUCACCCUCCUGUGUUGUACAACCACAGUAUGGAAACCGCUAUAGCUGUGUGAGAAUAUGAAUGUAGCUUGACAUCUUUGUGGGGUCAUAUUUUCCUGUGUUGGCCUGUCUUUGUCCCUUGUUUGUGGGGGCAAGUCAGAUGGUGGAAUUGAAUGUUUUCUAAGUCUCCCGUUGCUCACAGUAGUACAGUGUGUGCAGCCCCUGCAAAGCAUCAUUUGUAUGAAGAACGAGUCGUGUGUAUUGCAGUCAUAAAAUGCCUUUGUCUGUGAUUCAGUCAGGCAAAUUACAGGGGGGCAGAGUUGUGCCUAUCCUCGAGUGAAAGAGAGAUAUUUUCAUAGGGAAAGCCACAAGAGAAGAUCAAAGUUCUUCUCUUCCUAACCACAAUGGUUUCAAUGACAUGUGGGGGUCAUUCUCGCUCAUGUCAGCUUUCCAUUUCAUUGAGAGCAUGAUAAUUGAUCUACAACGCUGCUCCAGAAUCAGAUACCUCUUCGGCCUCUGUAGCGUAGAGUAACCUGAGCCCAGGUCCACAGUUAGAGUAUUUCUCGCCUCAUGAAAAGGGUAGAGCAAAGGUCACACGGGGCAAAGGAGACUUAUCAUGCCUCUAGUUCUAUUAUGAUUUAGAAUUAUGCAAUUUUUAUUAUUUUUAAAUUGAGGAAAGAAUUGACAGAUGGAAAAAAAGAGGAUGCAUGUGGUAUCAUUUUAGCUGGUAGAGAUGGGCAAUAGCACUGAUGCUUGUGCAUUGAUAAUUAAAAUGAUUGUAAUUUCAGCUCCCUAAAUAUUAAUUUUCACCAAUUAAAUUACAUUUUGCUAAGGGAACACAAGAGAAUGCAAGGUAGGAAUCAUUAACAAAGUAACAAUGAUCACCGUGUGUUAUGUAUUUAACAGGUUUUUAUUUUAAUAUACAUGUGGCUUCCUCUUUGGUUUCUGUUCCCCAUGCCGUUGUGUUUUAUAGAAUUUGAUUCCGCUCUUCCUCCACAAGUGUGACGCUGUGAAAACGAAAGUUAGACAUGUGAAUGCUGGGAUGCAUUAGCACGACACAGUGGUGGCAUCAACCGCUGAGGCCAGCUUCAGUAGUUAGUGGAGCAAACUACUGAACAGGACUCAGAGCUGAAUGACUGAGAACCUUCCCAGACACACAGACAUCUCCCUCGUCCGUCCCCCCCCCCCAGGUUUUACUCUCUUUUCUGUCUGAUUACAAAUCUGAUCCUUUAUGUGAUUAUUACACUAAAAGGCACAUUAUGUUUUUUUGUUUGUUUGUUUUUUUAAUCAUCUGUUUGCUUUUGAAAUCCUUCCACUUUUCAUAUUUAAAGAAUAAAACUGUGUUUGCGCCGA